AUGUCGAACCAGUCCCCAAACCCAGGCUUCGUGCCAGAAUCAUGGAGUUUAUAUGGUGUUGGAGCACUCUUCAUCGUUUUGCGAUUAUAUUCCAAAGUGCGACGAGUUGGCAUUCGAAACCUCCAACUCGACGACGGCUUCAUCGCAUUUGGUUUGUUCGCGUAUACGAUGUUAUGCGUCUCAUUCAAUGAAAUGGCAACUGGUGCAGGGUCCAACUUGAUGACACCAGAGGAAGAGGCUGCCCUGACACCUGCCAUCACUGCUCAGCGUGUGAAUGGAAGCAAAUGGGUGUUCGUGUCUGAGCAUGCUAUGCUACUCACCAUUUGGAGUAUGAAGGCUGCUAUGCUCAUACUCUACACCAGAGUCACUGAUGGCCUGCGGGCGCGGAAACUGCUUAAUGGUGUGAUGGUGUGGGUUGUAUUAGCAUUCAUUGGCGACGAACUGGCUUUGUUUCUCAUCUGUCGGCCUCUUUCUCAGUACUGGGCUGUCCCACCCGUCAAUCCACAAUGUUCAACCUACGAGUAUUACCAGAUUGUCAAUGCGGUGUUCAACAUAUCCACGGAUAUCUUGAUCCUCGCCAUCGGCAUACCGCCGGUGCUCAACGCCCUACUGUCUCUUCAGCAAAAAGCAAUCCUUGGUGUCAUCUUCGGCAUGGGAACAUUCGUCAUCAUUGCUGCGAUCCUUCGUGCGAUUUAUUGUCUUGUCCCAUCCCUCAUUUCAUACGUCUACAUGAAUUGGUAUUUCCGUGAGGCGUCGGUUGCCGUCUACGUUACAACUCUGCCUGGAAUAUGGGUUUUUCUGCGCGAGAUCUUCCCGAUUCUAUCGAAGAUUGGCACCAGCAGAAAGGGCACGAAGCCAACAUCACAGGGAAACACAAAUAACUGGGGUAAUCACUCCAGCAAACCCACGCGCAACAACAACAUGGACUUUUCCAAAGAAUAUGACCUUGAUCUCGACACAUAUCCCAUCAGCAAGUCGAUGGUGACCACUUCAUUGCAAGAACUCGAGCGGGGAGGAUCACAGAUGGAUGGAGUGCAUGGAGAUGGGUCUUCCACCAGCUCUGCCAGAUACGAUCGAGCUGUCAACGAGAUCAGACGAGACGUGACCUUUACCGUCGAGCACAUGACGGUCGAAAAGCGCUAA